AAAUUUUCAUACAUGGAUGAAUUCUCUGGAAAACGAGCUGUCAAUGGGCUUGUUGUCUCUAGAAAAGGAUCUGGUCUGGUUUUGAGAGAAACUCCUAGCAACAGAGAUAGCAGUGCCCAAUUCUGUAACAGACUUGGAUGCAAUGGGCGUCUAACUUCCACAAAGGGUACUCAAAUUGGAAAAUCCAAACCUCUGAGGCCUUCAGUGCGUCCAUCUAGUAGCGGAAAGGAGAUAGUUGGGAGUUCCUCUAGGACAUGCGCUUCUGUCAGCAACCACCCAAGAAAAUCCAUCGCGGAGCCUUGUAAAAGCCUAUCUCAAUUAGAAACGGAUUCGUUUGAAACUAGUAGUGUCCAGGAUGAACAAGAAGUUGCAGAACUUAUUACUCCACCUGGAAAGAUUCAAAGAGGACUUCACCUUGAAACCAAAAACAUGGAGUCUAGUGAGGUCUCAUUAAUGGAAGUAGGAAGCUCUAGUGUAGCGUCAAAUACAAGAUCUCAUGGGAAUUUUCACCAGAGAUCUGGAUUGAGCAACCAAGCUACUUUAGGUGGUCCGUCAUCCUCUUCGGGAUCUAAAAACCUUAGCUUGAAAACAAAUGCUAGUACAACCAGGUACGGGUUGAGAAGUCUAAGACGCAAUUCAAUAUCUGAUGUUGUCCCAUCAAAUUGUUCAUCAUCGGAUUUAAGCCUAGGUAGAAGGAGGGAAUUGAUGAAAAAGAGAAAUUCGGAAGGGGAAAGUAGCUCUGCUAUCAGGGGCAAGAAGAUAAACGGGUUGUCAUCAGGACAGAACCCCUCCUCCAACGGCAUCUCCAUUUCUGAUUCAAGAAGAGCUGGAAAUACACCUCCUAACAGGGAAAAUGUUGUUACAUCACUUAGAACUCGGAGAUCGAUCAAUAGUCAAACAAGAACAAGGCUUUCUAAUCAAGGAAGUGGAAACAGUUUAUCACGCAAUGCCUCUGCUGGGGCUAUCCCGCAGCGGUCUCGUCCUGAUAUAUCUAUUGACACGAGUUCUUCCGGUUCAUCACAUCUAUCAUUCACUGAAGCUCCCUUGAGUCGAUCUAAUUCUUAUGGUCUAUCAGGCAGUAGCAUUGAGAACAUACGUGGUACUUUACCAUCUGGUGCUCCUGAAGUUGGUUUUAGUCACUCUUCAUUGAAUCGUGAUAGUUUGCGGCGGUACAACAUAGAUGGUAUUGCAGAGGUAUUAUUGGCGCUUGAGAGGAUUGAACAGGAUGAAGAGCUAACAUUUGAGCAAAUACUUGCACUGGAGAGCAAUUUGUUCCUCAAUGGAAUAAGUUUCUAUGAUCAGCAUAGAGACAUGAGGCUGGAUAUUGAUAACAUGACAUAUGAGGAAUUGUUAGCUCUUGAAGAGAGGAUUGGUACUGUGAGUACAGCGCUUACUGAAGAAGCUUUGUCAGAAUGCAUUAAGAGAAGCAUCUAUCAGUCUAUACCUCUAGAUGGUGUUGUUUCGGGAAGAAAUGGCGAUAAUGAUGAUGUCAAAUGCAGUAUAUGCCAGGAAGAAUACGUGGGUGGGGAUGAAGUGGGAAGGUUGCAGUGUGAGCACAGGUAUCACGUUGCUUGCAUACAACAGUGGCUGCGUCUUAAGAAUUGGUGCCCUGUAUGCAAGUCGUCCGCAGCUCCGUCACCUUCGUCAUCACCUUCACCCAUGCCGCCAUCGUCCACAUAAUUCAACAAUUUGUUAUGUGCAGAGGAGGCAUAUUGUGUACAAGUGAAGUGGGUCUCUCUCUUUUCUCAUAUUAAUUGUCCUUUUUCUUUUUUGUGUACAUAAUCGAUUCCCUUGAUCUACAUCAACUAAUAAACCCAAUCUGUUGGUGCACACGGUUGGAACUCUGCACUCAUUUAUGAAACUGUGAAUAUCACAAGUUGUUUCUUUUGAA